AUGUUCAAAACCGCUAGUGAAGUAUGCACUGGCAACCAAGAACGACACGAAUCACGAAGACUAGCCUUGAAAAUCGCAUGUGCCAAUGGCCAUACAGAGCCAAAGUUAGAGUUAGACGAUUCGGAGAAUGGUUUCAAAAAACUACUAGUUGAAUCUGAUGAAGAUAUAAUGGAAACUACAGAAAAUGAUUAUAUCUUCAAUGAUGCAUUAGUGAUGCCUAAUGUGCAUGGAGAUAAUACUGCAUUAGCAUCAGCAGCUAGCGAAGCAGACUCGGGAAUUAACCGACUUUUCGUGGAGUGCUCAGGAGUGGCUGGAAAGACAAGAAACGGAGACAUGCUCAUUAAAGGCAGUAUACCACGAAUGUAG